CACCUUCGACCGUUUGAAAUGCAAAGUUUUCAACGGUGCCUUUGCCGGGGUAGUCGGAGUAACCUGUACUUUUCCUCUUGACCUUGUUAAAACGAGGAUGCAAAGUCAGAACAAAUCAAUGGGUGGACCUCCCAAAUACCGAAAUGUUUUCCACUGUUUCAAAUCCAUCUUCAAGUCAGAAGGACCCUUAGGGUUGUACCGAGGUGUUGGUGUCAACCUUCUCCUUAUCAACCCGGAGAAAGCAAUCAAGCUUGUGGUGAACGAUGAACUGAGGAGACACUUUGCUGUGACGUCAGGCAAGUCAAAGAUCUCAGUGAAGCAUGAAGUGCUGGCUGGAGCUGGUGCUGGUUCUUGUCAGAUAGUCAUCACCACACCCAUGGAGCUCCUCAAGAUCCAGAUGCAGCUUGCUAGCCAGGUGGAAGGUAACACGAUGACUGCAGGGUCUCUAGCUAAGAAACUGUUCCAGGAGAAAGGCAUUAAAGGACUUUACAAGGGCACGGCGGUCACAGCUCUGAGAGACGUUACCUUCUCCUGUGUCUACUUCCCGUGUGUGGGUAUCGGAACUCAGCUCUUCCACAGCGAGACUGAUAGCAAGUUCACAGGUUUCCUUAAAACCCUGGGUGUUGCCAGUGUCGGGGGUGCUGCUGCUGCUGGUAUGGUCACGCCCUUCGAUGUUAUUAAAACACGCAUACAGACGGUAACACCCGGAGUUCAAAACGUCACCUACAGUGGGGUUCCGGACGCCUUCUCCAAGGUUAUCAAGAACGAGGGGUUUGGAGCACUUUUUAAAGGGUGUGUGCCUCGUAUGAGUGUCAUUGCACCUCUCAUGGCUAUAGCUCAGUCUGUUUACUUUAUUGGUGUAGCUGAGUCUCUCUUUGGGAUCAACACAGCUAACUAUUAACACACUUUAGAAAUGCCGCCAGUCCUUUGUAUCCAACUCAUGGAUUAAUAAAAAUGAACUCUUAUGGACAUGGAUAAUGGAGGGUAAGA